AUGUACGGGCAUGGGAAUGAAUACUCAAUGGAAUUUCUUGCUCAUUUUUCAUUACCAGAGGACACCACAGCACACCUAACUUACCCACCACUUACGCCCUUCUCAUCUCUCGCGAUUCCGAGCAGUGAAUACGACUCAGUUUCUGCAUUAAAAUCCGAGCUUGGGUACAGCAGCAGUGGAUGCAGCAACAUUGGUUCACCCAAUUCAAUCACUGGUUAUGGACCAUAUUGUCCAACUUUACUUCAAAGGAGCAUUAGUAGCCACUCUCUUCACAAAAAUUUUGAAUCUUACUACUCCCCAGUGAAUAAUUCGUCCCCGUCCGAUACAAGCUUGGUCAGAAAGGUACUAAGCACCGGUGAUUUACAGGGCGUAAGACUGGUGCAACACAAGCAAAGCUUGAAUAGUUCGAUAGCGAAUGAGGUGAGUAUAAUAGAAAGUAUGAACAAAGCAUGCAAGUACAGUCCGGAGGAGAAGAAAGAGAGAAUUGAACGAUACAGAAACAAGAGGAAUCUGAGGAAUUUCAACAAGAAGAUCAAGUAUGAAUGUAGGAAAACUUUAGCGGAGAGUAGACCACGCAUCAGGGGAAGAUUCAUGAGGAACGACGAAACAGAGAAAAUGACUCAAACUCAGUUGGAUCAUGUACAAGUCGAGGAAGAUGAUAACAAUUGGAUCAACUUUCUCAAUGCAUUUUCAGCAAAUCUGAUGCCUUAA